AUGCAGAAGCGUGGUAGCUGUACUUUCACCUCCUACGACGAUGUCGCCGAUCAGAUCGCCGACUGUUCUACUGUUACUCUCAGUGGCAUCACUGUCCCAGCUGGUGAGACCCUCGACCUCUCUGACGCUGCCGACGGUGCCACUAUCACCUUCGCUGGUACUACCACCUUUGAGUACUCUGAAUGGUCCGGCCCUCUGAUCCGUGCUGGCGGAAAAGGUGUCACCAUCACAGGUGCCUCAGGCCACACCAUCGACGGCAACGGCGCCAAGUGGUGGGACGGCGAAGGAACCAACGGCGGCAAGACCAAGCCCAAGUUCUUCUACGCCCACUCCUUGACCGGCAACUCCGUCAUCAAGGGCCUCAACGUCAAGAACACCCCCGUCCAAGCCUUCUCCGUCCAAGCCACCGACCUCACCAUCUCCGAUAUCACCAUCGACAACACUGAUGGAGAUGCCACUGACUGCGACGGCGAAGCUUGCGGCCACAACACCGACGCCUUUGACGUUUCCGAGUCCGAAAACGUCACCAUCAAGGGCUGCACUGUCAAGAACCAAGACGACUGCCUCGCCAUCAACUCAGGCACCGGCAUCACUUUCUCCGAUAACACUUGUUCCGGCGGCCACGGCAUUUCCAUCGGCAGUGUCGGCGGCCGCGACGACAACGACGUCGCCAACAUCGUCAUCUCCGGCAACACCGUCACAAACUCCGCCAACGGCCUCCGCAUCAAGACCGUCUACGACGCCACCGGUUCCGUCAAGAAUGUCACUUACACCAACAACAAGAUUUCCGGCAUCUCGGACUAUGGUAUCGUUGUCGAGCAGGAUUACGAAAACGGAUCGCCCACUGGAAAACCCACUUCUGGCGUCCCGAUUACUGAUAUCACUUUCGAUGGCGUUACUGGAUCUGUGGACUCUGAUGCUGAGGAGGUUUACAUCCUUUGCGCUUCUUGCAGUGACUGGACUUGGAGUGGUGUUGACAUCACCGGUGGUAAGAGUAGCAGUGAUUGUGAGGGUGUUCCUAGCGGUGCUUCUUGUUAAGCGGAGGCGAGUUGUGUUGCUUGAGUUGGAUGGUAUCUUGCUAUCAGCACCAUGGCUGAUCACUGGAUUUAGUCCAAGCUAGAUAGUUCUUUCAUAGCUACUUGCCCAUCUCCUCUCAAGUCACU